GUAAGAACUGUCUAAAAAAUAGCAUAGAAAUAAAACAACUGUGCAAAACAUCAUACAUAUAUUUCCUGUGGUAAAUAACAACCAUACGUUUUUAGUAUUUAUCGUCAACUUCGAGGUAAUUGCAGAACUAAAUAGGUUGAAGUUGAACUAUUUAAAAAAAAAUAUUUAUCACUAAACUAGUACCAUGUCAUAUAAGAUAUUGCAAUGCCCCUUGCUUUCCUUUGAUUCCUUACUAUCUGAGAUGUGUGGUAAGAUUAAGAAUUAAGAUCAGAGGCGAGAAUCAAAUGACAAUCCUUUUUGGAAGAGAGCUUAAUCUCUGCACAAUCGCUUACUAAAAUUUAUUGUUCUUCAAUCUGUAAUAUUCCUAUUUAUUGGCUUCAUGCUUAACAAUGUCAAUAAGUAAGUAUGAAUAAAUUGGAGACUUAAAUUGAGUAAUAAUAAAUGAAUCAUAUUAUUAAAUGUUUGAAUUAUAAUGUGUAUAUAUUAUAUAAAUAACAAACACAUAUUUAAUCCCAAGCGAGAAUCAAACCAGGGUCCAAAUAAGCUAUUUUCUAUUUACCGUUUUUUAAAUUAAAAAAACCUAUGUAUGGACUUACAAAUAUAAUUUCAUAAACACUGACACAUAAGAGUUUAUAUAAGGCAAUUUCUGUGACUUUUUUUCCUGUGACUUUUUUUCCUAACUUGGAGCAUACUAGAGUUAGUAAAACUUAUAAAAUUUCUUACUGCUCCGAGCUCCAAAAACUUUCCUAUAGCUAUCUUGCCCCAUUCUUCUACAGCUAUUUUGCCCCACUCUUUUACCAGCUAUGUUACCCUACUAUUUUACCAGCUAUGUUGCCCCAUUCUUCUACCAGCUAUGUUGCCCCACUUUACCACCAGCUAUGUUGCCCCAUUCUUCUACCAGCUGUUGUCCCACUUUACCACCAGCUAUGUUGCCCCAUUAUUCUACCAGCUAUGUUGCUCCAUUCUUCUACCAGCUAUGUUGCCCCCUCUUCUACCAGCUGUGUUGCUGGUACAUUUAUUAUUAAUGCCUAGUUAAUAGGAUGGGUAAGUGACAAUAAACAACACAUUUCUUUAAACACUUAGCUCUUCAUUAACUGCCCCUUAGCCACCCCUUAUCGGUAGAUCAACGCAGAGCUGAGCUGAAACAAUUUGUCAGGAUUGGAGCUAGAGUGGAGGUUGGCCAAAAAAGUCUGCUCAAAAUCUUUGGUUGUAUAUGUUAUGCUAAUGAAUUUAAAUGCUAAAAAAUAUAGAAUAAUGAAUUUACUUCCCAAAUUAUGUCGAAAAUAAAAAAUAAGCCUAAAUUAAGGUAUUAUUAUUCUAUAAUUUAUGCCCCAUUAAGUGAUGUCAUGUAAUGACUUUGUAUUAACUACCAAGUAAGUAGUCAUUCAUCAUGGAACCUGUGUGAUUAUACAUUUUUUUUAUUUUUUUUACUUUUGGCAAAUAUGAUGCCUGGACUGUGUUAAAUUGGAUUUAGGAUUUAAGCUACCCAAUUUUUAUAUAUUUCAUAGAUAAUUUUCAAUGUCAUAUCCCCAAAAUAUUCAUAAUAAUUAUACUUUGUUUCAUGGCAUCUAAUUCCAAAUAUAGCCAUAAAAUAAAUAUAUUUCUUAUAGAAAUAAAAUAAAUGUGAUUGAUUUAUUAUUUGUCUAAAUUAUAAUUAUUUAACUUUAAUUUGAUAUUUUUAUUAGGCCUAUAAUCUGUAAUAUUAUGAAUUAUUUGUAUUAUUUUUUUUUUAAACUAUCCAUAGCCUGUUUUAUAAUUGUUAUAUUAUAUAAAAUAACAUUUAGUAAUACAUAAAUGUGCUUUCAUUUUAUUAAAUCAAAUUUUUCCCCCCUCCAUUCUUAGAACUCUUUCAUAACAUCAACUCUCAAAAUGGAGGAUAUAAGAAUAAAGUUUUACACUGUUUGUAGAAGAGCAUGACAACAUGGAGAUGGACGUUGAAGAGUUUGAUUUUGAAUCAGGGGGAGAUGGUCGCUAUCGAAGUGGGGAUGCUCUUUUUGGAAUUUUGGCAGAGCUGAGACAAGCUGGCAAAUUUUGUGAUGCGGUUAUAAAGGUAAGAGUUUAUUGUAUUCUCAUCAAUCUGUUAUUGUCUUGUCAGUCAUAAUGAUUCACACUACUACAGUGGGGAAAUGUCACCUGUUGUCAAAGCUACAGUUUCACUUGGGUAUGUUUCAAAUUGUUUCUUCUAGCAUUCCAAAUUUAAAUAUUCAAAACAUUGUCUCGUGAUAUGGGCAAAGUUGUUUUUUAUAAAAAUAGAAUUAAAUCUUUAUGAAAAUAUAUUUAGUGUGUUGACAUUUAUCAUUGUCCUUUAUCAGGUUAUAAUUUGACUAUAUAUUUACUGACAUCAUCUACAGGUUAAAAAUCAAUCCUACCCAAUUCACCGCAACAUCAUGUCUUCUUGCAGUCUCUACUUCAAAUCAUUGUUCACCAGUCAGGCUUUCAGGUAGCAUUAUUUUUUUUUUUUAUUUCUUGUAAUUUUGUUUAAAACUUUCUUUGCCACCAGAUAUUGUGUUGUAUUUAGUAGUCAAUAUAAGAAAAAGGUUGAGUUAUCAGGACAGCUUAGUCAACAUUGUCAACCUUUUAUUUUUUAAUGCUGUGCUCUCAUUUUAAGUUAUUCUCGUCUGAAUUAAAUAUCAAAGGCAUAUCUCAUUCCUGAAAUAAGAAUUUUCAGUGAAUUAUUUUUUAACUCAUCAGGUUCACCACUGAAUUAGAUCUAACUAUGGUCACUAGAAUAAUCUUUUUUAAAGUGAAAUAUAAAUCUACGUUUUUUUUUAAAAUGAAUCAUUGGUUAGUAGUAUAUUUUAAAAUUUUUUACAAAUACUCCUAGCACGAAGAAACGUGAAGUGACCAUUCCUGGACUUCCAGCAGAGAUAGUUCGGCUACUCAUUGACUUUGCCUACACCAGGACUGCAAAACUAACACCAGAAAAUAUUGAGAUUUUACUCCCCGUGGCUGACCAAUACCAUGUGACAGGAUUACUGAAAUUGUGUUGUGAAUAUCUGCACAAGAAUCUUACAUAUGAAAAUUGCAUUGGGAUUUUGAGAUUUGCCCAGGUAUUAUUGUCUUUAUUAUUACAUUUAUUUUAUUAAAAGAAUGUAAAAAAAUAUUUUUUUUAUCUUGGAGAGUGAGGGGGGUGAAGAGUUAGGGAACUGAAAUGAGUAAAUCAUAUUUUCAUAAAGACCAUGAAUACUCUGAAGUUAAGUUAUGAAUGGUCCAGCACUGUGGUGUUAGGGGUCAAGGUGAACAUUUCCAUAUAAAUCUACUCUUAGGCCUACUCACCAUAAUUCAGUGUUGUAAUAGCAUUUCUACAAAAUAGAAUACUGUUUUAUUUGUAAUUAAAAGUUCUUAUUCUUUAACAUUGGACUAUAAGCUAUAUUUCAAAAUAGGGGACGUGGGAGGGUAACUCACAAAUGAAAAGUCUAAUCAAGGGACAAAUAAGAACAAAUGUUGGAGCCACUAUUAUAUAAUAUACAUAAAGAAAAAAAGACAGCUAAUUUGAGUAGAUGGUUUCUUGAAAUCCAGUACAGUUGUCAGGCAAAUAAGUGUUCUGUCUAAAUUUUUGCUUAAUCUUUUAAUAUCUUUGGAGUAGGUCGGGGUUUGAAUCCUAAUUUUCAUUUCUUAAAAAAAUAUUGCCAGAUAAUACAGAGUUGAUUUUUUUUUAUUGAAAAGAUUUAUAACUUCUUAAAUAUUCAUGAUAAAUUGUUAUAUCUCCCCCCCCCUCCCCCCCCCCAUUUUUCCACAUGCUCUAUAUUUUGUUGAUAAUCAGCACUGGUCAAGGGAAUUUAAGAAAAGCAAAAUAUAGGCAAUUAGGGGAGAAGACCUUCCACAGAUCACAAAUUUACUGAUGUAUGUAUCUACAUACGUAUCCCUACAUGUACAGAUAUAUGUAUAGGUAUCAGUAUAUAUCAUCAUAUCUAACCCUAACCCCUCCCCCCCCCCCAUUUUUCCACAUGCUCUAUAUUUUGUUGAUAAUCAGCACUGGUCAAGGGAAUUUAAGAAAAGCAAAAUAUAGGCAAUUAGGGGAGAAGACCUUCCACAGAUCACAAAUUUUAUUUCAGUAUUACUGAAUUAUUAUUUUUUUAAUUCAUCAAGGCUCACAACUGUCGUGGAUUAGAGAAAGCAGCAUUAAGAUACACAUUAAAGAACUUUAGUCAUGUCUAUACAUCAAGUAAUGAAUAUCUGCAAUUAAAUCUGGAAAUGGUAAGUCAGCUGAGGAUGCUGCCAAUGGCAAUGUAUGUUUAUAUUUUUUGGGGGGAGUCAGUGAUAAAGGAUUAAAUCUGAAUAAGUAAAUUAAACAUUUUUAACCAGCUGUUGGACUUCUUUUCAUUGAAUUAAUUCAUCUGUUUACAAAAUAAAGUUAAGUUAAUCAACGUCUUUGCAUUUCAAUCUAAAAACAAAAUCUAAAUUUCAAAAACUUAUCUAAACCUUAUACAUAAAUCAUUUGAGCAGGUCUGUAAUAUGUUGUCAUCCCACCAACUAAAUGUAAGCUGUGAGGAAUAUGUAUUUGAUGCAGUGUGUCGAUGGGUGGACUACAACCCACAAAUGAGGUUGGUGUUAGCUUCAAUCAAUUAAAAUUGGAUUGACAUGAUAAAAUCAUUCAAAUCACAGAGCUGCUUCAACUUCUGAUUAUAAAUAAAAAUAUGUACCAUUGUUUGUAGUGUUUUUGUACAUGCCAGUAAAGUGGGACAUGAAAAUUAUGUUGUUGGUUUUUUUUGUUUUUUUUUUACAAGAAUCCAAGAAAUUACCUGUAAUGUAUAUUAAAAAAUGUUAAUGGAAACAGUCACAAAUAUUUUACAUAGAUAAAUGUAUUAACUUAAAAAAUGUAUUAAAAUUGGAUAAAGAAAUAAUGAUUUAAAAAGUGGUAAAUAACUACGUUAACUUUUUGUGUUUUUUCCAGGAAGGCCCAUAUGAAGAGUCUACUUGCCACUGUAAGAUUGGGCCUGCUCCCCUCCGCAGUGUUUGAAGGAAAGGUUAAAGUUCACAGACUGGUCAAGAAUAACAUUGAUGUCCAACCUCUCAUUGCUGACACAGAGGCUUUUUUGGCAGGUACUGGCUCAGUGACAUGGUUUUUUUGAUAGUUUUGCAGUCUUUUCGUUUCAGUAGUUUGUUACCAAAAUACCAACAACCUUUAGCUGAUGCAGAGGGUGGAUGGCAUCUUCUCUUUUUUUGUUGCACAGAGAGCAUGUACGCAGAUAGAAAUUAAUUUAUUAAGAGGAUGACAGUUGCAAGAUUGUGUUACUUUAUUAUGUUAUGGUUGUGCCAUUCUCCUAUUCUAUCCCCCACCCAUCAACUUACCCAGCACACUUUUGUUUCCCACCUGCUUGUUCAUUUAUUUUUGCAAUUUUUUAUCGGGCCACCACAAGUUUGCUUAUUGAUUUAUUGUGCUGUUAUCUAGAUCAGAGCUCCACAACUGGUGUAACAGGGCACACUAUUGUGCCAUGAGAUUAUGCCUGGUGUGCCAAGCAAAAUGCCUCCAAGAGGAGGAAAGCACAGAGUGUAUGUAGGCACAUAAAUAUUCUUCUUCUUGUUCUUAGCCUUUCUUACUCCCAAUGGAGCACAGGCCAUCCACAAUACUUUUCCAUCUGUCCCUGCCCUGGGAUAUCUUUGCUAGUUCAGCCCAACUUUUCUUCAUUCUCUUUAUCUCUGCCUCUAAUCCCCUCUUGCAUGUUUCUCUUUAUCUUCCUCAUAAAUAUGAUAUGAUUAUUGCUACAAAGGGGCAUCUAAAAAAGCUUUCAAAACACCGCAGAAAUAUGUCAAAUGGGGACAGUUGACUUAGAAUUAUGCAGUGUAAUUUGAUGCCUUUCAGUAUUACGACACAUCAUGCAUGUUUACUACAUUUUGUUAUGUUGUAUAUUUUUGCAUGUUUUUCCUUGUGGUAUGACACAGAAUUCUUGGAAAGGCCUGGGGUGUGCUGCGUGGGGAAAAAUGGUUGCUGAGCUGUGAUCUAGAUUUGGCUACAUUUUGCCAAAGUAGGAUUUCUAAUUCAUUUAGUGUACUAACAACCUAUUAGUCUACCUUAUGUGACACAUUUUGUUUUAGUCAUUUUGCCGUAAGUCCCUGACCCCCAUAUCUAGACAAAUAGAAGAAAUAAGCAUGAACUACUUGUUUUUUUAAUGAUGCCACUGAUUGGAGGCUUAUUUAAUUUUUGAAAUAUGUCAAGUCUUCCUCGCCUUAUACUUCAGCUGUUGCCAUCAUACUGAUUGAAAACAAACUCAUAUUUAACACACAUUGUUCCCAAGAACUCGACAAAUCAGAAGAACCUGACUUUGACAUGUCAUUACCCUUUGCUCGCCCACGAGUGCCUCAUGAGAUAUUAUUUGUGAUCGGCGGAUGGAGUGGGGGCCGACCAAUUAAAAUGGUUGAAACUUAUGACACUCGAGCAGACAGAUGGGUUGUGUGCAAUGCUGAAGACAGCAGUGAGUAUAGGAAAUAGAAAGCAUUAUAGAAAGAAAACAUGCAUAACUUUUUUUUUCUAAUUUAUUUUGAAAACAAUUCAUUUACUAUUCAUACAUUGCACAAUUUUUUUUUUUUCUUUAGUCUUACAUUUAUUAUUUUUUUGUCAUUCUUUGGUCAUAUCUAAAAAAAAACUAACAAUAAAAUUCUCAUAAUAAUCUUAACAUAUUUAAAUUAAAAUGUAUAUACACAAACUUGUGGCAAAUUGUGGUAACGGUACAUUAUAAUUUAUAUAUAUUUGUACAAAGAUUUAUUACAUGUAAUGACUGUGGGAGCUGCCUAGGGAAGACAAUAAGAUGAAAAGGGGAGCAACUGGGGAAAAGGCUCUGCAGAUAAUAAGCAUUUAAUUCAGCGGUUCUCAACCUGUAGGUCAUGACGUUUUGGGGGUGUUGAAUAACCAGGUCAAAGGGGUCGCCUAAGACCAUCGGAAAACACAUAUACUCUACAGUUAUGAAGUAUCAAUGAAAAUAAUUUUGUGUUAGGGGGUCGCCACAACAUGAGGAACUGUAUUAAAGUGUCGCGGCAUUAGGAAGGUUGAGAACCACUGAUUUAACUGACCAUUUUUUACAAACUACAAAACUAUAUUUUUUUUCUUUUAAAAAAAUCACUGUUUAACUUCUGCAAAUGCAAAAAAGUAUUCACUUUGCAUUUAUUCAGCUCCAAGAGCAUACCAUGGUGUUGUUGCUAUUGGCUGUUUAAUCUACGUGAUCGGGGGCUUUGAUGCCACUGAAUGUUUCAACAGCUGCAGAGUGUUUGAUGCCAGAACCAAAAUCUGGUCAGAGAUUGCGCCAAUGAACAACAAGAGGUGAAUUACAAUAGAGUAAACAAGAAUAUAGUAAAACAAGAUUAUUAAAAUUGUGGAAGAGCAUUUUACAAGGACGAUAUAUGGCAAUGCAAAUAAUUUUUUUUUAAAAUUGUUUUCAAUAACCCAAGUGUAGAAGUGAGGAAUUAAUGCAAAAACACUCAAAUUAGGAGCAUCAGAAGUUCUUUGGCUAAGGAGCUCAUUUAAAGUCCCAGGGAAAAUGGAAGGUGUAGGUGUAGCCUAUGAACAAGGUUUAUGGUGAAUUUGAGAUGUUAUUUUGUCAAGAAGUAACUUCAUCAAUACUCUGUGAUUGAUUUUUAUAACUAAGUUUUAAAUAAGCAAUUUUUUGUUUUUGGAUGAUACAUAUUCAACCAGUCAUUUGAAUUUUUUUUUUAUAUAUCAAUUUAUUUCACUACAAAGCAUUAAGUGAGAAUUCUUCAACUUUUAUUUGCACCCAGGUCCUAUGUAAGUGUGGCCCUUCUAGAUGGCAUGAUCUAUGCAAUGGGUGGGUUUGAGGGUCCACCUCGCACCCCUAGUGGUGUUAUCUCCUCCCCUCGACUGCGGUCCGCUGAGAGAUUCAACCCAAAAGCUAACCAAUGGACACUGAUCGCCAACAUGAGAGAGCGCAGGAGUGAUGCUAGUGCCACAACAUUCCAAGGUACUAUGCCUGUCAUCAGUUAUAAGGUACUUUGUCUGUCAUUAGUUACAAGAUACUUUUCCCAUCAUAAAACAUUCUAAACAAGAAAAUUAUUUUGGAAAAAGGAAGAAGAAUGGGCAUUCCAACAUUGAGCCAGUUGGCUAAAAUUAGUUGGAUAUCAAGAAAAGAACCAAUGAGGGUGGAGACAUUAGAGGAAUAUUUAAAAAUCAUAUUGUAUUGGAGGAGUAAAAUAACAUUGACAAGCUAGCUCCAAAAAAAAUUAUUUGCAUGUCAAGUUUUAAGCUAAUUGUUGUUUUGCAAUUAGUUAAAUAAUUAAAACUUUUUAAUGAGAACAUUUUGGUUUACAUUUUUUAUAGACAUAUUGAUAGGUAACAAUAGAUAAUGUAUUUUUGUAUAAAUCAUUUUUGUAUUAUAGAAAAUGAAGCUAAUAACUGUCACCAUGAUCAAUUUUGUUUUCAAUUUAUUGGUUUCUAACAAAUUUUUUUAUGCUCAAAUUAUCCUUUGAAAGUCAUUGAUAAGAAAGGAAAAAAUAUCAAUGAAAAUAUUGUCAAACAUUUUCUUAAUGUAAAGUUUUUAAAUGAAAAAAUAAUGUGCAAAUGUUAAAUGAUAAAAUAACAAAUGUGUUAACAUUUGCCUGCAAUAUGUCUCAGGAGAAAUUUACAUUUGUGGUGGCUUCAAUGGUUCUGAAUGUUUGUGUUCCGCUGAAGUGUACAACCCUAAAACUGACCAAUGGACACUCAUCCCACCCAUGUCCAGCCGUAGAAGUGGAGUAGGGGUCAUCACCUACAAUGGUACUAUCUAUGCCGUUGGUCAGUAAACUAUGUUUACUUUGUUAUAUAAAUCUUUCUAAUCUCUCUUUACUUUGUUGCUAUUAUAGCAUUUUUUUCUGGUAACUGGUUUCUCAUAAAAUAUUAUAUUUCUUGCAAAUUGGCUAGAACCACAUGUUCGCGGACAACACCCAACUUCAUCAAUCCGUGAUCCCCUCUCAGUUUGCUCAGCUUCUCAGUAUGACACAGAAGACAGUGGAGUCAGUUAGCACUGGAUGACCAUAAACAAGCUCAAAUUGAAUGAUGAUAAGACUGAGCUGAUCCCCAUUCUGCAAAUAACACAACAUCACUUACUCUCUCAGGUGUGCAUAUUGAGUUAGCUCAAAUAGUGCGGUACCUGGGUGUCUACCUAGAUAGAACACUAACUUGAGAAAGUCACAUUAACAUGAUUUGCAAGGCGAUUUUUCUAGAGCUGCGCAGGAUUAGUCACAUCAGGCCCCUCUUAACAAUUGAUGCAACAAAGAGGCUGAUGUCUGCAUUUGUGCUAUCACCCAUGGACUACUGCAAUUCUCUCCUGGUGGGUCUUCCAUGGAAAGCACACUUUCGCAUUUGCUAGCCCAACAAUUUGGAACACCCUUCCGGUCGCUCUCAGAAACAACCAGACACUUGAGUCCUUUAAAACCGAUUUAAAGACACAUCUAUUUUGCAAACACCUUCUGGGAUGAUGUUGUCUACCAUAUAUUCCAGUUAAGGCAUAUUGGCUGUGUUGCUUAUGGUUGAAAUGGGUAGAAAGACUUUGACUUGGUAUCCUUGUAAUUAGUUUUUGUAGUGUUGCGUUUGUUUAAAAUGUGGUAAAUUAUAGAUUUUUAAACAUAGUUGACUUUGUACAGCGCUUCAAGCCUUUGGGGAUGAAGCGUGUUUUUCAAAUAAACUUUAUUAUUAUUAUUAUUAGAUUCAACAAAUCUAAUCUAAAACGUGUUCCCAUCAGAUAUUUAAAAAACCAUUUGCUUGAAAAGUACCUUUUUUUUUUUUUAACUAACCACACUAUUCACAUUGUCAUAUAAAAUAAAAUAUUAAAUUAAUUAAAGCUGUUUGAUUGCUGAUAUGUCUUUAACAAGUAAAAAGCUCCUAUUGAGACACCUUGUUUUUGGUAACAUUUCACAUGAUUUUGUUUUGUUCCCUCUAUCAUCACAUUGACUUUUGUAACAGCUUGUGUGCUGUUUGUAACAAUUUGUCUGCUGUUUGUAACACCUUGCAUGCUGUUUGUAACACCUUGUUUGUAACACCUUGAUGCUGUUUUUAAUACCAUGUUCAUUGUUUAUAAGCAAGUUAUUGUAAAUUUGCCUGCUGGUUCUGAUGCCUGUUUUGUUGCUUUCGUAUCAUUCUAGGUUGUUAGGUAUUUGCUGUUUUUAAUCCCCAUGGUGCCUUUAAAUUUCCCUUGGUUCUGUACACAGGCGGAUUUGAUGGAGUAACCCGCACCAACACUGCAGAGAGGUACUCACCAUCUGAGAGAUCCUGGUCACCUAUACCGGACAUGUAUAACACAAGGAGCAACUUUGGUAUAGAAGUGAGUGGGCUUGAAAUUGUACUGCAUUGCAGCACAAUUUUUGGUUGUCUUAGUGCUUGUGCAGAAACACACAUACACACACAAGACACACACCAACCCUAAAAGUUAUUUAGGAAAUCCAGAAAAAUCAUUUUUAAAGUGAUUCAGCUGUAAAUGUAAUUAAAAAGGGGGGGGGGGUCGUUAGUAUUAUAAAGUAUAUUAAUAUUGUUGAACGUGGUUCCACUCCUGUCAUGUUUACUACUGGACAUACUGUGUUCUUGAGGUAUGGGUUCUAGUUCUAGUGGUUGUUGGUCCACUUAAUUGCUUCAGUUUUCUACAGUUAUAUUGUGGGAGUUCCACUUUAUUGCUUUUUUUAGAUUCUUGCACUUUAUUGCUUCAUAGUGGUCUACUGUUAGAUUGUUUGUGGUAUCCUUUAUGGUUGUUCUCUGCCCAACACAGUAGUAUGUUUGUCAUUGUUGAUUCCAAGCAUGUCCUCUCAACCAUGUGCAAACAUAUUGUGAAAGCAGAACAGAAGGAGGCUUUUUUUUUUUUAAGGCUAAGAAUAGCCUGAACGAAUAAAAGGCUUUCUGGCAUUUUACGAUCUUAAAUUAAUAAAAAUUGGAAAACCAUUUAGGUUAUUUUUAAAGUGUAUUCUAUUUUUAAGUUUCUCAGAUACAAAAUGAAUAACACUUGAGUCUAUAUAUAUAUUUAUGUAUAUGAAAUAAAAAUAUUUUAUGUAGUUUGUAAAACAAAGUUAAUUUUUUAAAAUGUGGCUAAAUAAGAAUGAUUUUGGUGGUGUUUUUUUGUCUUAUUUGUUGCCAGGUAAUUGAUGACAUGUUAUUUGUGAUUGGAGGGUUUAAUGGUGAGACCACCAUUUAUAAUGUGGAGUGCUAUGACAGCCAAUCAAAUGAGUGGUGAGUACACGAAGCCAGUAUUUUGAUAUGUAAAUGAGUGCAAUCAAUUUGUUAUAGAUCUUCUACAACCCAUUUAUUGUUUACUGAUUUACAUUUUUUUUUUUUAGUUUACAAUUAUACAAAUAAAGUAAAAGUGUUCAAAAUAGUAAACUAACUGGAAGCUUUGGAAGUUAUUGAAAUGAAAUGAUUUGGGAUAGGUAAAUUCUAUUUUAUCUGUAAACUCUUUUUGUAUGAUAGAAAUGUUACAUUAUCCGCAAGGUUUUGUAUAUCAACUCUGUCUCUUGGCCUGACCCUUUGUGCUCAUCUCGGUCUUGACGCUUGUCCACCCUAGCAUCCAGUUCUCUACUACACAUAUCUCCCCCACAGGUACAAUGCUACAGUAAUGCCAUAUUUUCCUUAGUGACAUACCCAUCUGAUCUACAGGUACAAUGCUACAGUAAUGCAAUAUUUUCCCUAGUGACAUACCCAAUGCCAUAUUUCACCUACAGGUACAAUGCUACAGACAUGAACCUCUAUAAAAGUGCCCUGAGUGCAUGCGUGGUGAGAGACCUGCCUGACGUCAGAGAUUUUGUUUACAAAAAGGCCGAAUCAGACCAUCAGAUGGCAGCACGAGAUACUGUGCCAGCACCUGCGACAGGUGGAGCCCAGACCAAAGCCACAGUGGCAGAAACCAGGAGUUCUGUGACAGAAACCAGGAGUUCUGUGACAACUCCAUCCCCUACAUCAUCAUCGUCAUCAACAUCUGUCAUAACAGAGGCUGAAUAAUGAAGAUAUCUCAAAUUUUUUUUUUUUAACACACACUGUUCCACAGCAGAUCCAACCAUGAAAUUCCAGUUGAUAGAAAUGUCUCUUUGACCUGUAACAAUGCAAUGGACUGAGAAACAAUGGAGCUAAUGCUUACUGAAGAUUUUAUGGGUGUUAUUAUAUUCCAGCAAAUGAAAUAGAAAUAAAAAAUAUAUAUUUACAUGUUGA